UUAUUUCUCUUUCGCGCCACAUGCUCUUCCCGACAUUCUGCUUAAGUUCACCGCGACGGUCUGCUUUGCUCUGCUCUUCUGCGCACUUUUCGUUUCACUUGUUCGUACCGGCGAUGACGGAUGGUCACUUGUUCAAUGGUAUUUCUCUCGGUGGUCGGGGAGGCUCUAAUCCAGGACAGCUCAGAGUUCACUCAAGUGGUAUAGUAUGGAAGAAACAAGGUGGUGGGAAAGCUGUGGAAGUUGAUAAAUCUGACUUGCUAGGUCUUUCCUUGAUGAAGGUUCCUCGAUCCAAUCAACUUGGGGUCCGGACUAAAGAUGGCCUGCAUUAUAAAUUCACUGGGCUUCGAGAUCAGGAUGUUGCCAGCCUGACUGCAUAUUUUCAGUCUAAUUUUGGGAAAACACCAGAGGAAAAACAGCUAUCCGUUAGUGGAAAAAACUGGGGAGAUGUUGAUCUAAAUGGUAACACUCUAACUUUUCUUGUGGGUGGUAAACAAGCAUUUGAGAUAUCGUUAGCUGAUGUCGCACAGACCCAACUUCAAGGAAAAAAUGACGUCAUGUUGGAAUUUCAUGUAGAUGAUACAACUGGGGCUAAUGAAAAAGAUUCCUUGAUGGAAAUAAGUUUUCAUAUUCCCAAUUCAAACACUCAAUUUGUUGGGGAUGAUAACCAUCCGUCUGCUCAGGUGUUCCGAGACAGGAUUGUUUCAAUGGCAGAUGUUGGAGCUGGUGGCGAAGAAGCUGUAACAACAUUUGAUGGGAUCGCCAUACUCACACCUAGGGGGCGAUACAAUGUUGAGCUUCAUCUGUCAUUUUUACGUCUCCAAGGGCAAGCCAAUGACUUCAAAAUCCAAUACAGCAGUGUUGUUCGUGUUUUUUGGUUACCUAAGUCUAACCAGCCACACACCUUUGUUGUAAUUACUCUUGAUCCGCCAAUUAGAAAGGGACAAACUUUGUAUCCACAUAUUGUGAUGCAGUUUGAGACAGAAGCCGUGAUAGAGGCCAAAUUAUCAAUGAGUGAAGAUCUUUAUAACACCAAGUAUAAGGACAAGCUCAAGCCAUCGCAAAAGGGACUCAUCCAUGAGAUCUUUAUUGCUAUUCUUCGAGGAUUAUCCGGUGUCAAAGUCACCAAGCCUGGAACAUUUCGCAGUCAUCAAGAUGGUUAUGCUGUGAAGUCAUCACUCAAAGCUGAGGAUGGAGUUCUCUACCCACUUGAAAAAAGCUUUUUCUUUUUACCCAAGCCUCCUACUCUAAUUCUGCAUGAGGAGAUCGACUAUGUGGAAUUUGAGAGGCAUUCUGCCGGAGGGUCAAAUAUGCACUACUUCGAUCUUCUCAUCAGACUUAAGACUGAACAAGAGCACCUUUUCCGUAACAUCCAGAGAAAUGAGUACCUCAAUCUGUUUAAAUUUAUCAAUGUCAAAGGCUUGAAGAUCAUGAAUUUGGGAGGGGGAGAUCGGGCUACAGAAGGAGUAGCUGCUGUCCUUACUGAUAUUGACGAUGCUGUUGAUCCUCAUCUUGAGAGGAUCAAGAAUCAAACCAUUGGAGAUGAGAGUGAUGAGGAGGAUGAAGAUUUUGUGGCUGACAAAGAUGAUGAAGGUUCUCCCACAGAUGAUUCUGGGGAAGGAGAAUCUGAUGCAAGCGAGGGUGGCGAGCCGAUGGAGACACCGACUAAAAAGAAAUCCAAGAAAGAAGCUUCUGCUCCAAGGGCAUCAUCUAGUAGAAAAAAAUCUAAAGAUGGGGACGAAGAUGGGACAAAGAAGAAGAAACAGAAGAGGAAAAAAGAUCCAAAUGCACCCAAGAGAGCAAUCAGUGCCUUUAUGUUCUUUUCCCAAACCGAGAGAGAGAACUUGAAGAGCAGCAAUCCGGGAAUCUCGUUUACAGAGAUGGCGAGAGUACUUGGAGAAAGAUGGAACAAGAUGACAGCUGAGGAGAAAGCUCCGUAUGAAGCUCGAGCCCGGGCUGACAAGAAAAGAUACAGUGAAGAGAUCAGUGGCUACAAAAACCCUCAGGCAAGUAGUAAUAAUGUAGAAAUGGUUGAAGAAUCUGACAGUGAGUGAGAUUAGUCAGUCAGUGAAUGAAGAAAGGUGUAACUUAAAAGACUAGUUAGUAUUGCAUUGCUUGUAAUGUUUAGUCUCUCAUAUUUAUGCUUUAGAUGCAUACAACGAAAUGCCAUCACAUGUUUUCCAUUAUAUAUAUAUAUAUAUUAAUCUGUGUGUGUGUGCA